AUGUCUGAGAUUUAUUUGAAUUCCUCAAUGUUGCAGGAAUUGAACUUGUUUGUUCAAGAUUAUGUUACUAAAACGUUGUUGUCAAGGGCCGAAUCACAGCAGAAUCAAAGGUUAAUUGCAACUACUACUUUAUUUGCUACAUUAUUCUUAUUCUAUGUCUCUUAUAAAUUACUGUUUACUUCAUCCUUGAAGGUGAAACCAAUAAAUUUUACUUUAGAGAUUCCUGAUGCUGCUAAGAAUAAUUGGAAGUCAAAAAGGUUGGUUAAUACUGAGAUUAUUGAUCCCUCUCAGCCAAAUAUCAUUCAAAGUCAUUGUCCAGCAACUGGCCAGCACCUAUCAUCUUACUUACCAAAAUAUAACGAAGACAUAGAUGAGAUGGUUACUAUUGCACAAAAUGCACAAGAAGAAUGGGCAAAAGCUGAUCUUGAUAGAAGAUUAAAAGUAUUGCAUACUUUGCAUGAAUACAUUAUUAAUAAUCAAGAGAUAAUUGCAAGAGUAACGUGUAGGGAUACCGGUAAAACAAUGCUUGAUGCUUCAUUGGGUGAAAUAAUGGCUACUAUUGAUAAGCUAAAUUGGAUUAUUAGAUAUGGUCCAAAACAUCUACAACCUUCUGCUCGCUCUGGGACCACUAAUUACUUCAUGGAAUGGUAUAGAGGAACAGAAGUUCAUUAUGAGCCAUUGGGUGUAGUUAGUUCCAUUAUUUCUUGGAAUUAUCCCUUUUAUAAUGUGAUUAGUCCUAUAAUAUCUGCAAUCUUCACUGGUAAUGCAAUUAUUGUUAAAUGUUCAGAACAAGUGAUCUGGUCUUCUGAAUUUUUUAUUUCAAUUGUUCGUAAAUGUUUGGAGGUCUGUAACGAAGAUCCUGAUCUAGUUCAAUUAUGCUACUGUCUACCAAAAAGCGAUAAAUAUAAUGCAACAAAUUAUUUCAUAUCUCAUCCUGGAUUUAAGCAUAUCACCUUCAUAGGCAGGAAAACAGUCGCUAAUAAAAUAUUAAAUUGUGCCGCUGAAUCUCUAACACCUGUCGUUGUCGAACUAUGUGGGAAAGAUAGCUACAUUGUAUUAGAGUCACAGAAAGACGUCAGUUCAGUUUCUUCAUUGAUUUUACGUACUACAUUUCAAUCAUCAGGCCAAAGUUGUAUAGGUAUUGAAAGAAUUAUUGUAAGCUCAAAAAGAUAUAAGCAAACGGUACAGUUAUUAAAAGAUCGUUUAACAACACAGCCCCUAAGACUGGGGUCGGAUAUGGAUCAUUUAGAAAAUAUUGACGUAGGUGCAAUGAUAUCUCCUAAAACUUUUGAUAGCCUAGAAGAAUUGAUAAAAGAUGCAGUUGAAAGUGGUGCCACUUUGAUCUGUGGAGGAAGCAGAUACAAUCAUCCAAAUUACCCACAAGGUCAUUAUUUUCAACCAACAUUACUGGUAGAUGUGACAUCUGAUAUGAAGAUUGCUAAUUCAGAUUUAUUUGGGCCUAUCCUUUUGGUUAUGAAAGCUAAUAGUGAUGAAGAUUGUAUUACUAUUGCAAACGCAGCACCAUAUGCAGUGGGUACAUGUGUAUUUGGUAAAAAUGUAAAACAAUGUAGAUAUGUUGCAAAGAAAUUGAAAACAACCGACGUUACAAUUAAUGAUUUUACUACAUUUUAUGUAAGGCAAACUCCUUUUGGUGGAAUCAGUGGAUCGGGGUCCGGAAAAUUUGGCUCAAAAGAAGGUUUAUUAAGUUUAUGUUACACUAAGAGUAUUAGUUUUAAUAUUAUUCCCCAUAUCCCAACUCCAAUCCCUAGUUUACUUGAUUAUCCAAUAAAAAAUAAUAAUAAAGCAUGGGCAUUCAUCGACAGCUUUAUUACAGGCGCAUACACCUUUUCCUCAUGGAAAAGAGUAAAGAGUGUAUUUUCAAUGGCCAAAAAUUCAAAAUAA